UUCCUUGCGAGGUAUGAAGGUUCCGUCUGUUGAGCUCUUACAUAUAAUCCGACACUAAAAUGGACACGAUAUCUCGAAGAGGUGGAAAGGUAUGCAUUAGAGAUCGACUAUGUCGAGUUACCUGGGGAUGGUACUCUAUGUCCAUGGCUACAGGCGGCAUUGCAGUUCUGCUAUAUAACACGCCACAUCAAUUCUCCGGCCUCGAAACGAUCGGAAAGAUUGUAUACAUCUUCAAUUUGGUCCUUUUUGUCUUAAUCACACUUUGCCUGAGCGUCCGUUUUCUGCGCAAGUCAUCGGCCUUGAAACAAUCCUUUCAACACCCCAAUGAGACCCACUUUGGAGGUACAUGCCUUCUAGCAUUUGCAACUAUCAUCAUCGGAGCAGAGAGUUACGGUUCAAGCUCGUGCGGUCCAUGGCUCCAAGUUGCCCUGCGCACUGUGUUCUGGAUCUAUGUCACGAUCUCCAUUAUUGAGGCUAUCUUCCACAAUUGGUACUUGUAUCACCACGGCAUGGCCAGUCGGCAACCAUUUGCUCUUGUGAGACUCUUGCCUUCAUUCCCAGCCAUGCUUUCCGGUACCAUCGCAUCGGUCCUUGCAUCUAAGCAACCCCAAAAGCACGCCUUACCUAUCAUCAUAGGCGGGACAACAUUGCAAGGGUUCGGCUUCCUGAUGUCGCUUUUCAUCUAUAGCGAGUAUUUCUACAGGGUUAACAAAAGCGGUCUCCCAAAGCCAGCUGAAAGACCGGAAAUGUUCAUCGCCGUCGGCCCAUGGAGUUUCACGGCUAUUGCAUUAAUUGGAAUGGCAAAUGCUGCGGUUGAGCAGUUUCCUUCACGGUAUAUAAUAUCGUAUGCGGAUUCUUCAUCAAGCGAGACGAUCACGGUGACGACGGGUGACAUCGCACUUGUUGUUGCGGCCCUGGCUGGAAUAUUCUUGUGGGCGAUAGCUUUCUUCUGUCUUUGCAUUGCGACUAUCAGUGUCCUGGCGCCGUGCCGAAUAUUUGGAGGUCCUGGGGCACCGGGCAUGUCACUUCCGUACUGGAGUAUGGUGUUUCCUAACACUGGGUUCGUGAUUGCGACGAUUAGAAUUGGGCAGGUGUUGCAGUCCGAAGCGAUUCUGUGGCUUGCUUCGAUUUUGACAGUUCUGCAGGUUGUGGCAUGGCUGAUGGUAGGUUUGGGGACGAUAUGGGCUGUAUGGACGCGGAGGAUGCUGUGGCCGGAGGAUGUACAGCAAGAGGGAGGGGAAAAGGAGUGCUAACAUAGUUUCAAGAUAUCUUUGGUGGAUUCACUAUACAUACGUAAGAGUCCUAGACAGGUUCGCAUGAUGAAGUUGAAUGAUCGAGGUGCGAUCCAGUGAAC